AUGUCCCAGUGUCACCACAUAACCCCUGUUGCCCAGGUCACAGUGGAGGAUCAUGGGAGAGCUCUGACUGAGCACCCCCAAUGGGACAGUUGCUUUGUGGACUUCCUGCGUGACGCUCCGGAGGCGACGGGGGAUGAACCCGAAGACACCGAGCUGGUAGCUCCGAAGGUGUAUGAGCCAAUCCCGUCCCUGGACACCCUGGCGGAGCGGCUGUCUGUUUUCCAGCAGCAGUACAACGAGGCGGUACGAGGCGGAGCCAUGGACCUGGUCUUCUUUAAGGACGCCAUGACACACCUGAUGCGGAUCUCACGGAUCCUGCGGACGCCGCAGGGAAACGCCCUGCUGGUCGGGGUCGGGGGGUCGGGAAAGCAGAGCCUGACGAGGCUAGCUUCGUUUAUCGCAGGAUACCAAACCUUCCAGAUCACGAUGACCAG